CGUUCUUAUCGGUAACCACAUCAAGGCUCUGCAUUGUUUAAGCUUGGAAAGAGCGAGCGAGCGAGCGCGCGGCGUGGAGGCUCAAAGUGGAGAAACUCCUCCAGCAGCUAGUGCCACAUCACUAUUCUGACUGCACAUAAAGGAGCUCCAGCAUGCUCCUGAAGCUCCUGCUGCUCCUUGGUGCCCUGGUUAGGGUCACUGAGCCUGCCCCACGCUGUGAACCCGGCCAGGAAACCUUAGGACAAUGCCAAACAGGAGAAAAAGCUGGAUGCAGCUGCCCCUGGACCCUGGCAAUACUGCUGCAUGCAUUAGCCCUAGUCAGGUACUAGAGAGCAAUGGGAGAUGUUCUCUCUCUCCCAAGCAAAAUGCGUGGACAUCACCUUAGGCUCUUGUAGUGAUGUUCCCUACACCAAAACAAUGUAUCCUAAUUUGCUGGAUCAGAAGUCCAGACAAGUGGUUGAAUUCAGCUCCGAAUAUAUUCUCAUGAGUGUGCUACACAACUUGCUUCAGGGAGAAUGUAAUCCUGAUCUGAGACUCCUGAGCUGCUCAAUACUGGCUCCACAGUGUGAAAAAGACAAAAUGAUAAAGCCCUGCAGGCAUGUCUGUGAAAACCUGAGAAAAAAUUGCCUUCCUGCAUUUGACACAAUAGACAUGGCUUGGCCCUACUUCUUAGACUGCGAUCGCUUCUUUGCUGGUGAAGAAGAAGGUUGUUUUGAUCCACUGGCAAAGCUACGAGGGGAGCCAGAAAUAGCUGAGGAAGAUUUACUUGUGGAGGUGCCUACAACUUUAAUUCAGUUCACCCAUCAUUCGUAUUCCAAAAUGGUGAGCAUUUUGAAGAAGACUGCUUCUAGGUGCUCCCACAUUGCAAGAACUUACAGCAUUGGCCGUAGCUUUGAAGGGAGAGACCUUUUUGUGAUUGAGUUUUCAACUAAUCCUGGACAUCAUGACCCGAUGAAGCCAGAAUUUAAGUAUAUUGGAAACAUGCAUGGAAAUGAAGUUCUUGGGAAAGAAUUGUUAAUAUACCUUGCACAAUACUUGUGCUCUGAAUAUCAACUUGGAAACCCCAGGAUCCAGACUUUGAUAAACAACACUAGAAUUCACCUUCUGCCUUCACUGAACCCAGAUGGGUAUGAACUUGCUGCAGAAGAGGGAGCUGGUUACAAUAGUUGGAUUAAUGGACGUCAAACUGCUCAGAACCUGGAUCUUAACAGAAACUUCCCUGACUUGACAUCUGAAGUUUACAACAGAGCUGGGCUCCGAUGGGCACGCCUAGACCACAUCCCCAUUCCACAAUCCUAUUGGGAGGGUAAGGUAGCACCGGAGACAAAAGCAGUUAUGAAGUGGAUGAGGGCUAUACCAUUUGUAUUGUCUGCCAGUCUCCAUGGAGGUGAAUUAGUUGUUACCUAUCCUUAUGACUUCUCAAGGCAUCCACUGGAAGAGAAAAUGUACUCCCCUACAGCCGAUGAGAAGAUGUUCAGAUUGCUGGCUAAAGCAUAUGCAGGUGCACAUCCAGUCAUCUCAGACAAAUCGGAAGCCCGUUGUGGUGGAAACUUCGUAAAACGAGGAGGCAUUAUAAACGGUGCUCAGUGGUAUAGCUUUACUGGAGGUAUGGCAGAUUUUAAUUACCUUCACACAAACUGUUUUGAAAUCACCUUGGAGCUGGGAUGUGAAAAGUUUCCUUUGGAAGAGGAACUGUAUUCAGCCUGGCAUGAAAACAAAGAAUCCCUUCUGACUUUUAUGGAAAUGGUGCACCGUGGGAUAAAGGGAAUUGUGUCUGAUAAAUUUGGUAACCCAAUAAAAAAUGCCCGAAUUUCAGUCAAAGGGAUCCGACAUGAUGUUAUCACAGCUGCUGAUGGAGACUAUUGGAGACUCCUGCCUCCGGGAAGAUACAUAAUCAGUGCUCAUGCUAUCGGCUACAGCAAGGUGAUGAAGAGGGUCACGCUGCCUGCCAGGAUGAAAAGAGCUGGGAGGGUAGAUUUUGUCCUUCGAGCUCUAGAUACAAAGCCUAAAAAUUUUCUCCGAGGGCCCAUGGAAAACAUAUAUGAGCUAUACGACCCUUUGGAACAUUUUGAUCCUCAUGCCCAACAUGCACAGUCUGAAGCAAGCGAAGGAAGAGGGCAGCCUACACGGCACAAUGAGAAGCCUUGGUGGUGGUCUUACUUCAGCUCUCUAGGCCAACACAAGCCACUGUGGUUGCUCAAACAGCGUUAAGUCAGAUCAUUGGUUUGCUCGCCUUAUUAUGACACUGUUCCAUCAAAAUCCUAAUACCCUGAUUGCUAAUGGCAAUAUGUAAAUCUGUUUAAUUUGGAAAUACAGUGUUAACUCAAUAUCACUUUCUGUAAUUCUUUUUUUCUCUCUUUUCAUAGAAUUGACUAUAUUCAAGUACUUUUAUAUAUUAAAAAAACAGUACGCAUUUGUUCAA